CAGGAAAACUUCACACCCAUGGCUUCCCGUCUGGUCCAUGUCUCUCUGGCCCUUGGUACAACACUCCUCAUCCUCUGCCUUAGUAUGACCAUGGUCGGCGCUCUGAAGGACACUGUGAAAAAUCGUAUGAAGCUGGCCGAUCAAUACAUCUUUGAGAAUCCCGUGGAAGAGAAUAUGGAGGGGAUGGCACGUCAACACAUGCUCAAGAUGCCAGAUCCUAAGGAGCGUGAGCAGCUAAUGCGCAAUUUGGAAACGUUGGACAUGGACCAUGUCCGACGGAUUACGCGCCACGCCAUGGUCAAGCACUUCACGACGGAGGAGUUGGAGUUCCUUAUCAACAUGUACAGCACCAGCGUGGGAAAGUCGGUCAUGGCCAAGAUUGGCGCUUACUCUGCCGAACUGGGACCGCAGAUUCAAGAGGUGAUGAUGCCUGUGAUGGAGAGCAACGUCGAGUUCUACCAGGAGCAGGAGAGGCGGGCGAAGAGGGGGGAGCUGAACGAUCUCCCCGAAACGAUCAAACUACCCCCUCAGAGCCAGAAGCUCAAGGACGGGGUCUACAUGGGGAACGGCCUGUCCAACGCUCAAAGGGAGGAAAUGUAGGACUUCUUCCCCGUCAGAAACGAGUGUCAAAAUCUUGGAUGGGCCAGACAUGUAAGGACCCCACGAAAAGACGCGUAGAUGGGCCGGGAACGAAGAGAUCGUGGAGGGGGGUCGGUCAAGAGGGCAGUUGUGGGGGGCCUUCAAUCCAGGGUCCCGGAUGAAGGGAGAAAGCAGGACGAUAGACGACGCGAGAGUGGGUUAAGAGUACGAGCGCAGCUUGCUUGGAUACCUCGCCUUCCAUUUCUUGUCCCACUCCCUUGUGGAAAUCAGGGGAAGGCUUUGCAUGUGCGUGGGAAGAGGUGUGAGGCGGGAGGAGCGGACUCGUCCCUGUGGCUGGACACAGGGGUACCGGGCAAGCUUGGGGGGCUCUCCUGCGCCUCGCCCGGUCGUGAAGGGGGUGGGAUUUUAGUAGGAAAAUGUACUCAAACAUGAUGGAGACGUGCUGGGCCAAUGCAAUGCGUAACGUAAUCAGGAAAAAAAGUAACGAACCCCUCGACCGAGA